AUGGCUACCACCAACCCAGCCAAUCUACCUGGCGCCCCUGUCGACCCAGCUUCGGCCCAAGGCGCUCAGAUCCCGCUGCAAUCAUUCAACGUCCCCGACUUCCCACCUUCAGCGCGAGGCCUGAAGGCACUAACCUUGACUUCGGACAUCCAAGUGGACAACUAUCAAUCAAUCCUAGGCCCGUCCUACAGCAUUCCAUCAAGUCUACCGGUUGCCAUUGAAAGCCUCACGCUCGAGCUCUUCAGCCUAGGAUAUCCGUCCGGCUUCCUUACGGACCUGGCCAAGCGACUGCCAAACCUGAAGAGUGUCGUGCUAUACAGUCAGCUCUUCGCCGGCACAACCGAAGAGAGCCAGAAAGAUGCAGUACAGUUCUUCAAACACUUACCUUUCCUUCGCGCAUUACACUUACUGGAUGUCUUCGCCCAGCCCGGAUACUUUGCAAAAGCUGCAGAGUGGCUGAAAUACAACACGAGCGAUAUGCCGGGAGAGGCGAGAAGGGGGUUGAUGUUUCUGGAGGUCAACUACACAUUCCGUGGGCACGAGGACGAAGAAUUCAUGGGCAAGAUUCAGGCGCAUGAGUUACCGAAGUUGAUUGGACCGGGUCUGAUUAGUUGCUCGUUCAAUGUCGCUGCACCGGAGGAAGAAGGUAGUGCAGAAGGUAUCAUGGCUUAUAACGCAGAGGUUUCGGAUGGAUUGGUCAAGGCUUUGACGGAAGAUGAGGCGUAUCCGAGAGGGCUGAGGGCGCUCAACUGCACAUUGUAUACAUUGACUAUGGCACAGUUGAGGAAGGUGCUAGAGGUGCAGAAGAACAUCAUGGUGCUUAAUGUAACGCUGGAGACGGCGCCGGGUGCAGACACGAAGAAAGCAUUGAUUAAGGUGCUGGAAGGUUGCAAGAAUCUAGAGCAGGUAGAGUUGGUGGCGAGUCCGACAAUGGAGUUCAUAAUGGCUCUUCAAGAGCCAGGCUCUGGUGUUUUGGAGAAGAGCCUCCUUUCGGCCGCAGACUUAGCUGUGCUUACUGCCAAGUGCGCCAAUCUCAAGUCUUUCAAGGCUAGCGUGUUACGUGCUGCCAGCUUCGGGACGCUUGAAUGGGAAAAGAAGGGUGGGAAGUGGGUGGGAGGCGCGAAAUGA